AUGCUGCUGCCUGGAUUUAAAGUUGAUCGAAUGCUGACGCCAACUCUCAGUUUCUGCCUGACCAUGCUAGCUCGUGCACUCAUUCUCAUCACCAUUGUCGCCCCUUGGUGUGCUUUGGCACAAGUUUCGGGGCAAUUCUGGUGGCUAAAUCCCAACUUUACCACUUCCCUCGCGCAAAAUCGUUCAGCUAAACGCAUCGAGAGCACCGUGAAGCGUCAAGAAAUCCUCCCCGCGGGUGAUUGUUCGUGCGUCCUCAAGUGCCAGUGUAAUGAUCCUCCGGUGGAUUUUGUGUUUGACAGUGACGAAAAUUCCAGAGAAUCAUGCGCACUUCCAACUGAAACAUGUUGCAACAACUUACGCCUACCAAUUCCUGCAAAUUGUUCAUCAGCAUCAAGAUUUACAGAUAAUACACUCGAAGAUAGAGCACCACAGAGCCUCAAUGAAUUUCCCUGGCUCCUCUCACUUUCAAUACAGAGAUUUCCUGAUGUUUGCGGUGCAGCCAUUUUGACUCCAACUGCAGCAAUUACAGCAGCACACUGUGUCACCGCAAGCAAAUAUCCUACAUCCUAUUCCAUAAGAACAACAAUGGGUCAUGAGAGGAUUCUCAGUGAAAUCAUUAAGCACAAUGGCUACUACUCCGGCGGGAGAUUCAACGAUAUUGCAAUAAUAAAAUGGGAUAAAGCUCUCAUAAUUCCUCAAUAUGCCAAUACAAUACAAUUGGCACAGGAAGUGGACAUUGCUGAUGAGGAUACAUCGUGUUUUGCAAUAGAGUUGAAUAGUAAUCGCCCAAGUGUACCACUCAACGUGAUGUCGCCUGAUCUAUGUGAAGCUGUCUUGAAAGAGGGACGCCUAGGAAAGGGAUUUCAACUUCACAUCAGCUUCCUCUGUGCUGUUACUGACUUCCCAGGAACAUGCAAAGCACAGGGUGGGAAUCUUUUAGUGUGUCAAAGGCACGGAGGUGCCCCACUUCUAGCAGGUGUUGCUUCUUGGGGUUUCAAGUGCAAUGAACCACGUAUUUUUACGGAUGUUUCAGUAUUUGAAAAUUGGAUUGAAGAAAAUUUAAUAAGUUUUACUUUUGAAUAAUUUAUAUUAUACUUAAUAUUGCAAUAAAUUAUUUUAUUAUCAAAGCCAUAAA